GAGAAAUCGUCCAUUGCUGAUCACAGAAUAUUUAAUCUAUCAUCAUCCAUCUUGAUUAUUUAAAUCUCGAGCUCUACCAUGACAAGCAAAUAAAUUCAAGAUGGCCGAACUUCUGUCUGUGCAUAUACAGAUUCCUCAGCACAUACAUACGUUCCUGCGACAUCCGGAGACCUGUACCUACCAGCACCAUGACACUGUUUCCGAGUCGUCGCGGGAGACAAAAGUCAGCUUAUCGUCGGGUCUCCGCAGGAGACGUGCCGUCGAUAUUGAGUUUAAGAACCUGACGUACACAGUGAAAACAGGAUCGAGGAAUAAACAAUUGAAAACCAUUUUAAAAUGUAUCUCUGGCAAGUUUCGUUCUGGAGAACUGACGGCCAUCAUGGGACCGUCUGGUGCAGGCAAAUCCUCACUCAUGAACAUACUCACUGGCUACAGAACAAAGAAUGUGACAGGUGAUAUCCUGGUCCGAGGUCGGGACCGAGAUUUGCGGUCGUUCCGGAAGAUGUCGUGCUACAUCAUGCAGGACGAUCAUCUGCUGCCCCACCUGACGGUCUUAGAGUCGAUGAUGUGUUCCGCAAACCUCAAACUGGACGAGAAAUUGAAACAGUCACAGAAAGAAGACAUGGUGGAUGAGAUCUUGGAGACGCUGGGUCUGAUGGAGACGAAGAAGACUUGGACGAGCAAUCUGUCUGGUGGUCAGCGCAAGCGUCUUUCUAUCGCACUCGAGCUCGUCAACAACCCCCCGCUCAUGUUCUUCGACGAACCCACCAGUGGUUUGGAUAGUGCCUCUUGCUUCCAGUGUGUGUCCCUUCUCAAGUCGCUAGCGGCAGGUGGGCGCACGAUCAUCUGUACAAUUCAUCAGCCGAGUGCUAAACUCUUCGAGAUGUUUGAUCACUUGUACAUGCUGGCUGAUGGGCAGUGCAUCUAUCGUGGCAGUAUUCCCGCUCUUCUCCCGUACCUAGAGUCGCAGGGACUGACGUGUCCAAACUACCACAACCCGGCAGAUUAUGCAAUGGAGGUGUCUGUGGGAGAGUAUGGGGAGGACAAAGUAGAACUGCUCACAUGGUCACUGCAGGAAGGAAAGUGUGAGCCAUUUCAGGUCGAAUUUGAACGCAAACGUUCAGCUAGUCAAACCCCGACACCCAGUCCAACUCCGACAAACGUGUCGCCCCGAACCAGCCGUUACCAUGAUGGCGGAGUACACGAAUGCAAGCGUCUGAUGGCUGAAGGGCACACUCUCUGCAAUGGAACCCUAAAUGGGGAUGUCGUCGUCAACGGUUACCUUGACGAUGGGGUCUGCGUGUCGUGUAUGUCAAGAGGAGAGCAGUCUGAUUCGUCGGAGGACAUGUCUCUGGAACAGGACUGUAACACGUUCAACACGAGCUGCUUCACCCAGUUCAAAAUCCUCUUCAUCCGCACGUUCAUGUCCAUCAUGAGAGACACGACCCUGACUCGCCUGCGGCUGAUCUCGCACCUGACGGUCGGUGUUUUGAUUGGCCUCUUGUACCUGGGAAUCGGCAACGAGGCCAGCAAGGUCUUCAACAAUGCCGGCUGUCUCUUCUUCUGUAUGCUCUUCCUCAUGUUCACUGCACUCAUGCCGACAGUUCUCACGUUUCCCAUGGAGAUGGCGGUGUUUGUGCGUGAACAUCUCAACUACUGGUACAGUCUGAAGGCGUACUAUCUCGCCAAAACCAUGGCAGACAUGCCUUUCCAGAUAAUUUUCCCGCUGGUGUACGGCAGCAUCGUGUACUGGAUGACGUCACAGCCGAACGACUUCGUGCGCUUCGUCAUGUUCCUCACGCUUUCCACGCAGACAUCCCUCGUCGCACAGUCACUCGGACUUCUCAUCGGGGCAGCAACAUCUCUGCAGGUGGCCGUUUUUCUGGGUCCAGUCACUGCAAUACCAAUUUUGCUCUUCAGUGGAUUUUUUGUCAACUUUGACACAAUCCCCACAUAUCUGCAAUGGCUGUCAUAUGCCUCCUAUAUUAGAUAUUCUUUCGAGGGUGUCCUUCAGGCUAUUUAUGGCUUCGACCGUGGUGACCUUGGCUGUGAUAAGCACGUCUGCAUUUUCCAGAAGGCCUCGGACGUCCUGAAGCAGAUGGACGUAGAAAAUGCAGAGUUCUACAUUGACUUCAUUAUCCUGUGUGUAUUUUUCAUCAUUCUACGAAUCGGAAUUUAUUUCGUUCUGCGUUGGCGGGUAAAGUCUCAACGGUAACACCGUGAUGUGGCAGCUAGGAGGGAUGUGAAGCAAUGAUCUGAAUAAAGAAGCUUGACCAAUCAUCUCUUUUUUCACAUCAUUCACCAGCCAAUCAGCUGUUGGUUAAUAAAAAUGUGGGCCAAUCAGUAGUUGGAUAACAAAACUGUUUGAGCCAAUUGACAGUUGGCUAAUAACAUCAGCUGAGCCAGUCACCAAUUGGCUAAUAAACUGUAAGAUGGCCCAUUCAGCAUUGAGCUAAAAAAAAGAAAGAAAAGGAAAAAGCGCCUUUGAUUAGGAUAAUGAAUUGAUGGCUAAAAUAACUUUGGUCCAAUCCGCAUUUUGCUAAAAAAUAAAAGCUGCUCAGAUCAGCAUUUAGUUAAUGAAAACUUCAGUUUGGUCAAUCUGUAUUUAGCUAAAAACUUUGGGCCAAUCACCAUUUGGCUAAUGAAAACUUUGAGCCAAUCAGCAGUUUGCUUAUAAAACUGUAUGACUGGUUAAUAAAACUGAUUGAAUUACUAAGAAAAGCAGCUUUGCGACAAUUAGAUUUAAAUCCUUUUGCUGCUUCUAGUAGUUUUCAGCAAUGAGAUUUGUUUCGUUUGUCGUUUCGUUAAUGUGCGUUGUUUUGUAAUAAUCGAAAUGAACAAAUGUCUUGAUUCACAUGUUUUGUGAUAAUGUUCACGUUUAAUGGAGAUUAUUUAAUUAUUAAUGAACUUUGAACUUGUUGGUUUAUUACACAAUAUAUUUUUGUUAAUAAUAAUGUUUUGUUUAUUACAGAAAAUACCACAGUAGCAUUAUCAAAGUUAAAUAUGUAAAUUUUUAACAUUUAAUAUUAUUAUUAGUUGUUCGUAGAGAAUGUAUUUUCAGCAAAACGACACUAGAUUAAAUCUGAUUUAUGGGAGGUUAGUUGUCUUGGAGAGCAUAAUGGCCGUGACUGUUUUAUCAAAGGACCUCAGGUUAUCCUGUCAAUUUUGUUCCAUAAUAUGACAGCAUUUAAAAAAAAAAUGUAUGUUAUUAUAGUAAGUGAUUUAAAUGUUGAAAAAUAUACAAAUGUCAACUUUUAUAAUGCUACUUGAGUCAACAUUGUGUACAUAAUUUUAACAUACUACCCAAGCAGCAGGGAUUUACUACAGAAUAUGAGUUAUUAACUUGGAUAUUACUCAGUAUAAUUGCUAUACUCGGUUAAUGUAUAAAAACUCAGUAUGAUGAAGCUUUUGUAUGUCUUUGACGAGUCCAGGCCAACACAAAUAUUUAAAUUUCCGAUAAACUCUAUUGUACCAGUUUAGAUUUGUCAAAGUAGUCUGAGUGGCAGUCCUCUUUCAAGUGACAUAAGUCCUUAAAAAAAAAGUGCAUUAAAAUAAAUAAACAAAUAAAUAAAUACAAAAUAAUAAAAUAAUCAACUACUGUCACUUUGUCAAUAAAUAAAACUUCUGAUUGUUAGUCUUCGAUAUAUUAACUGUUAACUUGGUCGUGAUUGUGACUUGUUAAUGAUUUAUAUUUUACAAAUGUUGUGUGAGACCAUUGCGGCUGUCAAGUGUUCAUUGGUAGUGUUAACUUGAUUUAUCAGUUGUUAUGACAAAUGCACAAUGUUACCAAAUAGAUUGUUCUUAAAAAGUAACAUGUUUUAUGCAUGAAUGAACUCGUUCUCAGGAAAAAAUGUGUAUUAGUGCUUUACAGUUGUGCAUUACAAACUGGUAUUUAAACAAAAUAUGUAAAAAUAAUUACAAGAUUAUUUCUUACAUUGGUCUUAUUUUAAAUCGAACUGUUUCCUCGUUAUGUAAAUAACAUUUUCUUUUUGUCGAUUUUUUAAAGCUUUUUUUUUUUUUUUUUUGAUGGGUGUGUAUUUAAACCAAUAAAAUUUUAAAUAAGGACAUUUUCUAUUUGCAGGAAAAUGAACACUGAUAUUUAAAAUAUGGUUUCUCUAAACUAGUAACAUUUUAAACAUUACCAGACACUUUCUAAUUCUUGGAAAGCUGAAAUGUUUAAAAUGUACACAAAUGUACUGUCUUUAAACAUAAAGCAUUUUAAAUAUUAAAAUCAAUGUGCUCUAGUGGCGUCAUUAAAUAAAACAAACUUUACUUUCAAAUAUUAAGAAACAUUUUCAACUUGCAUAAAAUUGACAGGUAUGAAAUAUAUAGCUAUUGAUGUAGUGAGUUAUUUUAACAUUAAUUAGUUAAUUAAUCAACACUUGUGUGGAAACAUUUUUUAAAAGUUGAAAAAUUUGAAAUUCCGGUGUUCUCUUUUAAACUACAGGUUUGAAAUAUCCGUGAUAAAACCUAAAUAACAAACAACAUUGUGAUCAGAUAUUUAACAGAGCUGCUCACAGCUGUUGCAGUGGAAUAUAAUUGUCAUGGCUGGUCCCAAUUAAGAGUUUGUGAGUAAUCAAGCUAGCCUAUCGAAACAAGCAAUAGUUCACUGAAUUUGUUUUACUGUACAUUUUGUUAUUUAUUUGCUGCAAGGCAGCUUCGGAAGAUUCGCUGAACCAUUUUGAAACAAAUGUGUUUUAAAAGCUUUCUUGUCUCUAAGUCCUGUUUUUGAAUUGCACUUUGAAAGAGAAGGAAAAUGUUUUAGUAGAUUGCCACUCUCGCACCCCUGUAUCAAAAUGCACCGAUCACACCAGUUAUAUGCAGAUUUGUUUAAAGUGGAUGUAACAUGUUGACAUCCAUAUUAUGUUUUGUUAAAGGUCCAUUACCCAACCAUACAUUGUUAGAAAGCAUUGGUAUAUGCAGCAGUUGGUUAAUACAUCAGUUGUAUAUAGGUUCAUUUUAUUAUUAGAAAUUAUUGUGUUAUCUUUAAUGUUUGUUAAUACAACCGUACUGACAGAUUGGAAAUCAAUUUAUAAAUCAUAACUGGUAGCUUUGGAGGCUCAUUUUCAAUUCAUUUAUUUGCAAAAGCAAUUGCCUGUAUUUGAAUGUCAAAAGAAGAAAUGGGGGGUAAAUGUUUCUGGUUUUUGUUAGUUGAAACUUGUUUGUAACAUUGAAAAUACAAAUAGUUAGAAAAGAUUAGUAGUCUUACAAGUAAACUACUUACUUGUAUUCCAAACUGUACAAGUUUUGUAGUACAUGUAACACUUGAGUCUUUUCCUUAGUGCAGUAUAUUUGUAUGACUUCAAACACGGGAUAUUUGAAUAAAUGUCCCAUAACACAUACAAGUUCAAAAUCUCCAACUCUAAUAUUACAGUUAUUGCUAAUUUCAUCAGACAAUUUUGCUUUAAUAUUAUUGAUUGCAAAAUUACAUCCAAGAUGUGUGCCGUAUGGACCAAAACCAAGCUACAACACCUGACACACUGGUCAACAUAGAUGAAUAUGAAUUGCAUGUUACAGUGUAUGGUCAAGGGAUGGUGCUUCUGUAGAACACUGCUUUUGCGUUAUUUUCGUCUUUGGUUUUCUUUGUAUUAGCACAUGUGUUGUAUACACAUUUUAAAAUGCUUUGUCACCACCUUGGGUAUAUGUGCACCAUCCGUAUUGUUUGUUUAAAAUUCUCAUGUUAAUUUGGUUCAUUAAGUUGGUUUUAUUAAGCAUUUGAAAAGGGUGUACAAGACAUUAAUUUGGUUUAUUAUACUAGUUUUGAUAAGCAGUUGAAAAUGGUUUACUAGACACUAAUUUAUUUUAUUAUACUGGUUUUAUUAAGCAUUUCAAAACUGUACCAGAUAUUAGUUAAUUUGGGUAAUUAGACUGGUUUUAAUGAGUUGUUAAAAACGGUGUACCAGACAUUAGUUAAUUUGGGUAAUUAGACUGGUUUUAACGAGUUGUUAAAAACGGUGUAUCAGACAUUAGGUAAUUUGGGUAAUUAGACUGGUUUUAACAAGUUGUUAAAAACGGUGUAUCAGACAUUAGGUAAUUUGGUUCUUUAGACUGGUUUUAGCUGAGAAGUUUAAAACAGUGUACCAGACAUUAAGAAGAUGUAUGUAAAUGUGCAACCAAAUUAUUGUUCUGUUGCAAAUGCUGUUACAUAUGUGUUGCAUACGGGUGAGGUUGAGUUUAUAUUGAGUUGGGUAGGUAAAACAGUUUGCACACUGUUGAUUUUCAAACAUUGCUAAAAAGUUGCGUAGAAUGUGCAAAUAAAAAGGAGUUGUUUUCAUUUCUGUAAAAAAAAAAUACUUUGUGAUGAUAUUUUUGUGAACAACAAAGUUUGUGUUGAUGUUUUUGUGAACAACAAAGAUUGUGAUGAUGUUUUUGUGAAUGACAAUCUGUGGUUUAUGGUUCCAAAUAAUGUUAUUCAUAAAAGCCACAAUAAAUUAUCGAGUUAGUUUAUUUUCAGUUCAUUGUAGAGUAGAGGGACGAAGGUACCUAAUGGUUUUAUUGGUAGAAUUUUGAAAUGAUUUGAAAGAAAUUGUACCUUUUAUUAAAAGAUUAAAAGCUUCACAUAUUUUUGCGUUUCUUUGAAACAAUAUGUAAUUCAUAAAAGAUUAACCAACAAAUUUUUUUAAAUCUUCAUAUAUAAAUACAAAAGCACCUGAAACAUACACACACACUCUUUCUCUCUCUCUCUCUCUCUCUCUCUCUCUCUCUCUCUCUCACUCUCACUCUCACUCUCACUCUCACUCUCACUCUCACUCAUACACACACACAUGCAUCAUGCAUACACAUAAACAAUGUCAUUUAUAUUCAUGAUUUACUAUAAUGAAAUUAUUUUAAUAAACGUAAAGACAAAAUACCUGUGGUCAAACAAAAGCUGCAUUUUUUUAAUAAACGUACCUACCUUAAUCACUAGUCAAAAUUCAUUUGUAAUAAAACGCUAUAUGCUGAAGUUGUUAAUCAGUUGAUUAUGGCACAGCAUAUAAAUGAAUGUGUGAAGAAAGAACGUUUGCUGUGUAGAGAGUUGAUGUAGGCAUUUGUGUGAAUAUACCUGUAGUAGAUAAAGCAAAUAACAAUGCAAAUUGUAAUUUAUGUUUAUUGCACACGUUGGAUUCAUUAUGUGGAAUUGUUGUUGUAUUGUGGUCGUGUAGGCCCAUGUUUGUAAAAUCUAACAUACGCAGUUGGGUGAUUACAAAUAAUUGUAAAUAGUUUUGAAUGAUCAAACAACUAUUAUUUUUAUUCAUAGAAAUAUGCAGAAUUUUUUCACUAAUCCACCGGACAAGUACAUCUACAAAUCUGCUUGUCAGCCAAUAUUUUCACUUGUCCAAAUACAACAGGGUAAAUUGUUAGUUUUAUUCAAGAGCAAAGACAAUGUUUUUGAUUGCUCAAAAUAAAACAGCAUUAUAUAUUUUUACUUGUCCAUUGGACUACUAACAACUAACCAUUACCACUCUUAUGGACAAUCCAAACAGCUGAGGUGAUUACCCAAGACAGGCAUACUUGAACCUUAAUUGGACAUAAGCAUGAGAAUCAAGUUAAAAUAAAGAAAUUAAUUUUUAAUUUGUUUUAAUGCUAUGGUGGUCUGGAUGAAAUCAGAGUUGAGACCAAUACGGUGUUUACUUAGUGCCACAGGGAAUAUUGACUGUUGCCGACUUCAUGUUUGAUCAUAUCAAGACUUAUUACAGUUAUUGUCAUCGCCGUGUAAAUAGAAUUGUAUGUUCACAUUGUGUAUUUAGCCGGCAUAGUUUAGCCAUAAAGAAAAUGAUGUAGCAUACAUACUCCGAAAAACAAAAUAAAAAAUUAAGCAAUUUAUGAUUGACAAUAUAUAUGUGUAAUUGCGGUUUCAAUGAGAUAGAUGUUUGUUUUUCUUCAGUUUGUUGUACAGACAUUUUGGACUGUUUUUGGUAUAGGUAUGUGUGUAUAAUAUGGUAUUGAUGUUAAUGGGGAAUGGCAGGUGUGUGGCACAGAUAGCCACAAGAGACAUUCAGCUGUUGUGGUUGGAGAGACAAGGACUGGGAGGUGUAGGUGGACAGCGAAAGAUGUUAAAAUAAGUUGAUAUACAGUUGGAAAGAAGAGUUAUUAAAAAAAAAACCCUAAGUUGCUUAAUUUUUUGUGGGGAAUAUAUAUUGAAUAUAAAGGAUUUAGAAUAUUUGUGUACCAAUAUUAGCAGUUGGUUUUGUUUUGUGUUUAUCAGAUAUCAUUUAGCAGGAAAGAAAUUAGAUUUCAAUAAACCAUUUCAUUUCCAAAACUAAAA